CUUCUUUCUCCAGUCCCUUCUCCCCUCCCUCAGUGCUAGGAUUUCCCAGUCAGGCUGGUGUAGAGGCAGUCAUAAACCCAACUAGGUUUCUCAAGAAAGGAACUUACACACUGUUAAUCACCUCUGGAUACAAGACACACCUUGAAACACAUACACACACACUAGUGGAGACCAGGGGCAAAGAGUGGACACAAUCAUUUAUAUGUGCUUUGAAGAUUGGCGUUCAGGAAGUAGACAUAAAAGCAUAUUUACACACACACACUCAAGGUCUACUGCUUUCUCUCUCUUCCGACUCAGUAGAAGGAACAACAGUACUGUGUGUUUACCAAGAAGCCAGGCACCCUGCUCUCUCUGCUCUGGACCUGAUUUCAAAUACUCUUUCAGACCCAUUGACAGAGGCAAUGCAAUGAGGUGAUCCAUAUCUACUUUCUUCAGCCUCAUUAGACUGCCCCCCAGCCCUGUCUACACAUGCAGUGAUGGGAGCAUUUAGGAGUGUCUGUGUUCCGGUAGGCUGCGCAGGGGCAUUGUUGGCCUGGAUCUGGGCUCUGCUCCUGGGGCCCAGCUUGGCCCAGCCCACUGCAUCCUGUGCUAAGGGAGACGCUCUCUUGAACCUGACCCAACCAGAGUACCAGUCAAUCCCAGGGGCAGACAAAGGCUUCAUGUCCGGGGUGGUCCAGUCUUUCCUUCACACCGUGCAGCCCAACCCCUUCCCAAAAGAUUUGCUGUUGAAAUUUGUGAAUGCAAAUGGCAAUAUUUACCAUGACCAGAACACAAACAAAGAGGUCCUUCUCUAUGAAGUUGGUUUCCUAGUGUGUGCUGCCAUAGGGGUUGUGUACAUUAUUCUGAUGCCAGUGGUUGGGUUCUUCCUGGCCUGCUGUCGUUGUUGUGGAAACUGUGGAGGACACAUGUACCAACGACAGACUGAAGCUGUUGACUGUCACAGAAGAGGACUCUACUGGGCUACACUAUUCACCACGCUAGUUUUACUUGCAGGGAAUAUCUGCAUGUUCUUCAGUAACCAGUCACUGAAAGGGAGUGUCAAAGACAGCUCUGUAGAACUCAACAAUACACUGGACAACUUCCAUGCCUACCUUAAAGCCAUUCCAUUGCAAAUCGACAGUGUGCUAAUGGAGAGUGAUAAGACGUUGGACAGUGUCAAUAAAAGCCUCAGUGAAAUAGGUCCUUUACUGGGCCGAGAGAUCCAGAGAGGUAUAGAUGGGCCACUUAACCAUGCCCUGGGGUCAGUCAGAGACAUGGCCAUAGUGGUGAACAGUACUGCCGUCCUCCUGAUGCGGUUGAACUCCAUUAUAACCCAGCUCCGGUCUGACACGUCUGCUCUCCAGGCUAACGUUAGGUCCGUCAGAGACCUCAUAAAUACCACACUGAGAAACCCUGUCUGUGCUGGAUGUGGCGCAUAUCAGUCAGAACUGCAGAAACUAAAGUUUGAUAUCGCUGUAACGAUCCCCAGUCUAAGUAAUCUGCAAUCAGUGGUCGAUGAUAUCACCAAGGCUGACCUUAACUCUAAAGUGAAGGAGGCAGAAGACUUCUUUGCCAGUAUUCCACAGAUGGUGACCAAUGAAACAAAGAAUGUGGUACAGAGUGUAAAGCAACAGCUUGAGGACAUCAAGAUAAAGAUUUCUGCAGUGAAGGGACAGAUCCCUGUCACAGCCCUCAACAACGUCUUAAACAUAAUCAGAGAUGCUAGGAGAUACAUUGGCAUGUACUCACCAGAGGCACAGAUGAUUGAGCUGAUCAGGUGGGCUGUAUGUAUUACCCUGAGUUGUGUAGUUCUUUUGGUCGUAGUGUGCAACCUCCUGGGUCUGUUUUUGGGUCUGAUGGGAUUGAGCACAUGCGAUGACCCAACAGAACGAUCAAGUACUGCAGACUGUGGGGGAACUUUCCUAAUGGCGGGUGCAGGGUUGAGUUUCCUGUUCUCCUGGCUCUUCAUGCUAGUGGUGUUGGUACUGUUCUUACUGGGAGGAAAUUUCUACACACUGGUGUGCCAGCCCUGGCGCAGUGGACAGCUACUGCAGUUUGUUGACACUCCGGGGCUGAUACCUGGUUUCAAUUUAGGGGAGAUGCUGGGCCUGAAGACAAAUUUGACACUCUCUGAAAUAUACAAUGACUGUGAACAGAACAGGCCUUUGUGGACCACCCUCCACCUGUAUGAGGUCAUAAACCUCACUGAUCUGCUUAACGUGUCCAAAUACACGGCUGAGAUCCACCAGCACUUUGACAGUAAUGAGAUCAAACUGUCUACCAUCACCCUGCUUACCCCUGAGAUAAGCAAACAGCUACACAGCUAUUCUGACAUGGCCCAUGGUGUCGACUUCAGCAAUGCCACACAGCAGAUCAACAAUAUUUCCACUAUUAAUGUAAAUGAAACAGCUCAAGCAUUGGAACACCUUGCUGACAAUGAAACUGAUGCAGGACUUAAAGUUGAGCUGAGAAAGGAAGCUGCCGAACUGAGAAAGAUCCAAUCAGACAUUGAAACUACCAUCAUCCCACAACUGACUCAGCUGAACUACAGUAUAAAGUCUCUAAGGGUCAUAAUGUCGCAGAUAAAUGGCACAGUAGAAGAUGUAUUGAGUAAUGUUGGAAAAGCUCAGGACUUCCUCAACAACAACACCACACAGAUAAUCAAGGCAGACAGUAAGGUGUUUCUAGACUGUCAGAUUGGGUACUUCACAAAGUAUGCUGAGUGGGCUAAUCUCACGAUAACUCAAAAGGUGGGCCUUUGUGCCCCAGUGGCUAAAGCAGUGGAUUCUGCUGAGGUGAUUGUCUGCAAAAACAUGGUGGAGUCUUUGAAUGCAUUCUGGUUCAGUCUGGGCUGGUGUUUGAUCUUGCUCAUUCCAAGCAUAAUCUUUUCCAUCAAACUGGCCAAGUUUUACAGGAGGAUGAAGCACAGCGAUGUUGAUGACAACCACAUACCCAUGCAUGACAUCCCCAGAGCCCAAGCCAAACACUACUGAGCUGGGGGUAGAAAAGACCCAGCUGAGACUGUUACUACUCUCAGGGACUACAACCAGGCUAUAUACAAGUGUUGCGUUCCCCAACUCAGCUGUCUCGCUCAUCAACAAAGGGUUGUGCGCCAUGCUAAUAUGCUAUUGACCUACAGAUUGCAUUAACAAGAAGUCAUUUCCUGAUCUUUUAAAAUAUGGACAGGGAAACAUGCUCAAUUACAUUGAACCUUUUUUAGACUUAACCUUUUUUUACACACACACCCACUCACAUUAUGUUGCUAGACUUUAAAUUCAUCAAUACUUUACCAAAAAAACAUUACUGUUUAUUUUUGUUUCCUGUGUGGGUCCAACUGUACGUGUUCAACAGGAUGAGAAACAUGACAUCCAUGAUCAUUUCAUUUGGUUGUUUGUCUGAUAAUGUAAGAUUUUCUUUAUUAUAAUUAUUCUUACAUUUAUUUGAAUAGGAUGUUUGUGUUUGUGACUUAGCACUUUACAUGGUCUGUUUAUUUAGGAAGAUUUAUGACAAGCUUUGCGCUAACUACUGUAAUUCAAAAUUACAUAGGGAUAAAUGUGUGGGUUUAUUCUUUCUGAAAUGUAUAACAGUUAGUGUGUUAUACUAUAGUACAUGUAUUUCUAAUAUAGUACCAGCAAAUGGCGAACAGAAAUGUGUGUGGCUUUUGACUGAAAUUUGUUUCCAAGAUGCAGUUUAGAAAACAGCUUGUUAACUGAAAAACUGACCACAACAAUCAAUUGUGUCAUGCAGUUUUCAAACCUCUGGUCGUAGCUUUGUCACCUAACCAUCCAACUCCACUCCAGGUCCUCACUCUUCUGCAGUAUUAUUAUCUGACACAGAGACAGUGAUUCCCCAGGAGGUGUCAGUCUAGAGACAAAACAUAGUCAGCCAUGUUCCCAUCCACAAUCAUCUAAUACUUCUCACUCCUUGGUGAACUGCUCUUCCACCUUCAUGAGAUCUUUCUCAUAUAAUCCUGAGGAACAUUUCAGUAUAGUAUGAAGCAAAACAGACAGUCUGACACAGCUGCAUAGCAAUCAAGGGCGUAAGAGUGACUCUGAUAUUGGGGGGGACACAUUUGACUACAGUGUGAAUCUUCAUGUAUUCACCAAGUGUUUUUCCACUUCUAGUUUUGAUUCUCUCUGUCUGUGACUACAUUAGAUAUAGACACGCUCUGGAUUAAAAGGCGUUGGCAUUAUUGACCAAUGAAGUGCUAAUAGGACCAGUGUGACCGACUGUUUCGCUCUGAGGUAGUGUGGUUGAAAACACUGGGGGCGAUAAUUGUUUCCACAAUGCUCGCACACAACACUCAUUAUGUCUGGAAAGUACUGUAGCAAAUAGAUAGUUACCCCAAACGAUGUUGUCUACCCACUAUGCUUUCUGUACCGAUGCUUUGCGGGUGUUGAUGGACUCAAGCAUUUCUUGUGAAAAUUACAAUCAGUUUGACUUUUAAUAAAAAUUUCUGAACAUGCAAUAGUCCUAACUAGCAUUGGUAAAUACCAUGUGAUUUUUUUUGCAUGGUGGGACUUUUCAGUUGGAAAGGCAUUUCAGAUAGAUGAUACUAACUGAAAUGCAACUCUAAUGUUGUUUGCUCCUUGGGGUUUAAGGCCGGGUGUUUUGUAAAAGCACUUUUUGACAACUGCUGAUGUUAA